AUGGCCCAGUCUGACUCCCAAGUCGAUGUGCUGAUCGUGGGCGCCGGGCCGGCCGGCCUGAUGCUUGCGCUUUGGCUAUCGAGGCUCGGUAUCAACACGCGCAUAGUCGACAAGAGGACCGACAAGGUCUUUUCUGGCCAGGCCGAUGGUUUCCAAGUCCGGACCCUCGAGAUACUUGACAGUUUUGGCAUAGGCGAACGGGUCUGGAAGGAGGCAAACCACAUGAUUGAGGUUUCAUUCUGGAAUCCGGAUGAGAAUGGCGUCAUCCGGCGCAAUAAUACUGCACCAGACAAUAUCAGCGGCCUGUCACGCUUCACGGAAUCUGUGCUGCACCAAGGCCGUAUGGAGUCAUUCUUUCUCGACGCCAUUGCGGCCUCCCAUCCCCAUCCUUCGGGAUCUUCUGCAGUCAAAGUGGAACGCAUGGUCCUGCCGACUUCUUUGUCCAUAGACGAGGCUGCCGCGGACGACGAUGACGCCUAUCCCGUAACGGUAACGCUACGCCACCUCACCGAGGAGGAGGCCACCCCGACCCAGCGGCUCAGUAACCUGAGUGACGGUCUAUUCAGGAGCAACUUGGCCGGCGACGAUGUAGGCGAUAUGCUGGAGCGGAGCAAGGCACGCGAGGGCGUCCACGAGGAGACGGUGAAAGCCAAGUUUGUCGUCGGCUGCGAUGGUGCGCACAGCUGGACCCGCAAGGCAUUAGGACCCGACUUCGAGAUGCAGGGCGAGAUGACCGAUUAUAUUUGGGGUGUGUUGGACAUCGUCCCCAUCACCGAUUUUCCUGAUGUGCGCAACCGGUCCAUGAUCCACAGCGCUUCCAAUGGUAGCUUGAUGAUCAUUCCCAGAGAGAACAAGCUCGUCCGGCUCUACAUUCAGCUUACCGAGGUGUCGGUGGAUGGCGGCCGGAUCGACCGCAGCAAGAUCACGCCAGAAAUCAUCUUCAACGCCGCCCGGAAGAUCAUCAGCCCCUAUAAACUGGACUACCACUACUGCGACUGGUGGACUGCGUAUCAGAUUGGACAGCGAGUGGGCAACCAUUUCAGCAAAGUAGACCGGGUUUUCUUGGCUGGAGAUGCCGUGCAUACCCAUAGCCCCAAGGCUGGCCAGGGUAUGAAUGUGAGUAUGCAGGACGCCUAUAACCUGGGGUGGAAGCUCGGGCUGGUCUGCAAGAAGGUCAUGCAGCGCAGCAUUCUGUCCACAUACGAGCUUGAGAGGAAGCAGAUCGCCGAUGAGCUCAUUGCCUUCGACCACAAGUUUUCGCGGCUGUUCUCGGGCCGCCCUGCCAAGGACAUCCUGGACGAGACGGGCGUCUCGAUGGAGGAGUUCAGCAAGGCUUUUGAAAUGAGCCACAUGUUUACCAGCGGCAUCGGGGUGGACUACAGUCCCAGUGCCCUCGUUUCUAAGCCCCGCGAAGCACACCAGCUCUUGAACGAGGACAAGGCUGCAGAUCUCAAAUCUGACCAGGACAAGCCGUCGAAUGGCGUCGACAGCAUCCUGGACCUGGCUAAGAACUGCAAACCCGGCAUGCGCUUCCCGUCGUUCCAGGUUGUCGCCCAGGCCGGCGCCCGCCCGUGGCAGCUGCACCACAAGAUGCCGUCUGACGGACGCUUCCGGAUCGUCGUGUUCGCGGGCGAUAUCUUAUCGGCGCCGCGGCGAGACCUAGUCAAUGCGCUUGGUGCCUGGCUGGCAGAGCACGUGCUGGCCCGCGCGCCGAAGAUGGACCUCUCGCCGGGGGCCGAUCCGCACGCCGGCACGAUGCGCUUCAAGACGGACGCGGCGCCGAGCGCGGUCGACGUUCUUCUGCUGCACAACUCAAAGCGGCUCGAGGUUGAGAUCCUCCGUGAUCUGCACGAGACGUACCACCCCUUCGACUCCAAGCUGGGCUGGGACUACGACAAGGUCUUCGUCGACGAGGAGAGCUAUCACAACGGCCACGGCGAGGCGUUCAAGGGCUACGGCGUCGAUCCCGGAAAGGGGGCCGUGGUCGUGGUCCGGCCGGAUGGCUAUGUGGGCUUGGUUUCCAGCCUGAAGGAGGACGGGUGGAAGGCCGUGGAGACAUGGUUUGAGAGAGUUCUGAAAAUGAGCUGA